AUGUCCACCUUCAACUCAAUGCCGGGGCUGCCAACAGGCGCCUCCGCCAGCGAAUCCAUGGCCAUGAAUCUCAGCUCCGGACAGUCCCAGAACAUGGGAAUGGACGUCUUUGACCAAGAUCUAACCUUUGACGAAUCACUACUUGACGGAACCGCGUUACCGAACCUCCCCUUUGGCAGCUCGUACGACCUAGAUGCCUUCUCAACAACCUUUGAAGAUCCAUUCUCCUACUCGUCGCGACCUUACGAGCCUACGCCCCACCAAGAUGUCCUGCAUGAAGAAUCCUCCCCCCAGGAGCCUGACAAUAAGCUCCUGGGCUUCUCUGCCCCGGUCUCGAGCGCCACUAUCAUCAACGAGAAUAACCAGUUUGUCGAGGCAAACAUGACUGCCGAGUUAUACGGCAUGUUCUUUGUGGCCGAGGACGUCUUUGGCGGCGAUUCGACGGGACGGCCUCUCGAGUUGACGUGUUAUCGACGCAAUCUGUGGCAGUGCUCGGGGCAGAUCACCCUUCCCCGGAUGAUCACCAAUAUCAUGAAUGAGCAGGGGCAACACGUUCAAAUAUUCGAGCUUAUGGCAUCCAUUACCGCCGUCGAAUCCAUCGAGGGGAAAUCUACCGAGAUUAUAUCUAUCCCCUGGAAGAAUGCAAACCCACAAGGAGGGGAAGACACAAAAGCUGUUUCCGCUCCACCCAAUAUCACUCUUGAUCUUUCAACAGGUCAGGAACUAGACGCGCAUCGAGUAUCUCUGCCCGUGUCCUGGAAAAGACUCCAGUUCAAGCACGCCACCGCCAACAACGGCCGAAGAAAGGGCUUGCAGCAACAUUACGUUGUCAAGAUCAGCCUCCUAGGCAAAACACAGACAGGGGAGUUUGUCAAAAUUGCCGAGAUACAGUCUGGUCCAGUCAUUGUACGAGGCCGGAGCCCGAGGAACUUUGAUAGCAGAAAGGACGUUCCCCUGACGGGCGACAAGCGAUUCGAUAGAAGAAGCACAUCAACCUCCAAUGCUGAUCAACCAACACUAAAGUUGGAGCGAGAGAAUUCUCAAGCUUUCCCACAAAGAUUUCCUUCCGCUAGCAGCCAAACUAACGACUGGACAACACCCCAGCCCCUAUCUCACCCAUUACCCAGCCCUCAGCCGCAAGCCAGCCCUCAUCCCGCCAAGCGAGUGGCUCUAUCACCAACAAUGGCGAGGCCACCAAUUCCAGCUUGGUCAAACGACUCCAGUAGCUCUGCUAAAGCACAGACUACCCACAACAGCAGAAGCUCGGCAUCACGGCAAAACACUUCUCUCCCAAUUAACCUAUCCUUAUCAGAGGAUGAGAGAAGUCCAAAUCGCUCCAGUGCUGAGCUACAUAGUCCCAACUCGGGCAAGAACCAUUCCACGACAGGUGUAAACCGGGAAGCCAGCCCUGCAGAAGAGGCUGACCCGCUGUAUGAGUACUUCCCGCUGACGGUGGACGAUUGGAUGCCACCCGUCGAUGCCGUCUACAGACCGCACGUGGUCCAUCACACCAUCAUGCCACCCGAGAUGAAGGCGCAGCAGUUGAGGAGCAAGGCGAAGCGAUAUUUCGCCCCGGAGUAA